AUGUCGCGCAAGUGUCUUAACCUGUAUCAAAAAAAUCCAGCGGAAUUUUUGCGGCAAAUGAUAACCGUCGAUAAAACCUGGGUACACUACCAUACGCCUGAAACCAAACAACAGUCAAAGCAGUGGAUUGCGGUGGGGGAACCAACUCCGAAGAAGGCAAAGGUCGUUUCUCUGCAAGAAAAAAAUCAUGCUGUGUCACCACUACAUCAACUAUUGCUUACUUUAAGAUUCUGUGCAACUGGAUCCUUUCAAGUUGUAAUUGGCGAUUUUGGUGACAUUCACAAAUCCACAAUGUGCAGGAUUACAAAAAAGGUUUCAGAAGUAAUAGCGUCUCUACGACCACAAUAUAUUCACUUUCCUAAUUCGAAUCAGAGUCUAAGGCAGACAAAACAAAAAUUGUACGACAUUGCUCGUUUUCACAGAGUCAUGGGAGCAAUUGAUUGUACUCAUGUCAAGAUGCUAUCCUCAGGUGGAGAAGAAGCUGAACCUGGUUCAUCCCAUGAUGCUACAAUUUUUAAUGCCAGCAGAGUACGCAAAAGAUUUAUUAAUAGCGAAAUAGGAGAUGCACUAUUACUUGGUGAUAGUGGUUAUGCUUGUUCAAACUUUUUAUUGACACCACUGCUUGAAACUCAUACUCAAACUGAACAAUUAUAUAAUGAAUCUCAAAUACGAACACAAAAUGUCAUUGAAAGAAGUUUUGGAGUACAAAGAUUUGCUGCUCUAGCAUUCAGUUUAAGACUUCAGCCUUUAACUGCACAAACUGUAAUAGAGUAG